UGUUACUAAGAACCACGUCGCCACCGUGAAGUUCUUAACCUCGUCUCCCACAUACGCUUCUGCGUCUCCACGAUCAUCGUCCUAGCCACAAGCCAAACAAAACCAACAUGCCCCCAGUAAGAACCGUACGCGGUGGCCGCAAGCCUCCACCAGAUGGCUUCGACGACAUCGAAGAUACACUGCUGGAGUUCGCAAACAAGAUGAAGGAUGCUGAGAACGCCUCUCAUGAGGGCAAGAAGAAAUACGAAAUGACAUGGCCCAUCUUCCAAAUCACCCACCAGCGCUCACGAUACAUCUACGAUCUCUACUACGAGAAGGAGGCCAUCGACAAGAAGUUGUACGACUGGUUGCUCAAAAACGGAUACGCGGAUCCCAUGUUGAUCGCAAAGUGGAAGAAGCAGGGUUACGAGAAGUUGUGUUGCUUAAGAUGCAUUCAGACUAAAGAGACAAACUUCCGCUCGACAUGCAUCUGUCGCGUACCCAAAGAGCAGCUGAAAGAGGAUCAGGAGAUACAAUGUGUUAGCUGUGGAUGCCGUGGUUGCUCCUCUGGCGAUUGAAGCACGUCGAGAUCGGUGCUUAUCAGAAAGAGACCCAAGAAUUGUCCGGCCUCUCCAGAGCUUCCAUACCGGGCAUUAUAAUACAACUAGCAGUCUUCGCCCGCCUGGGCAUACUAUCGCCCAAGGGUCUGUGGCUGCUCGACUGCUGUGCUAGCGUUUCGAUACCGCGAAGCAGCCACAGGUGCUGCUAGUAACCUGCAAAGGACGGAUGAGUGUGGUUCAUGUUAUAGCUGGUGUGUCUUUAUGGCCUUUUAUCUCUUCUUUCAAACUCGAGUGUUAACAAGUCCAC